GUCGGCCUGUGAUGAAUUGAAUAGGGAAGAAGAAGGAGGAGGAGGAGAAUCCAAUCCGGUUUGAGCAGGUUUUUGUUUCGGACGAGCGUUAACGUGUUCCUAUACUGUGCUCAAACCUACUGUGUGAAUCUUUAACCGAGCUCAACACAGUGUCGACUGUUUUUCAGCGUUAAAUCCGUGCAUCUUGCAUUUUAACCGCUUUGAUUUUUGCGCGUUGUACAAACCCACAGCCAUGCCUAAAAGGAGCAAAGCGAACAAUGAUGCUGAAGUCACUGAGCCUAAAAGAAGGUCGGAGAGGUUGGUAAACAAACCUGCACCCCCAAAGGCAGAGCCUAAGCCAAAGAAGGCAGCUGCCAAGCCUAAGAAAACAAAGGAACCCAAGGAGCCCAAGGAGGAGGAGAAGAAAGAGGAGGUGCCCGCAGAAAACGGAGAAACAAAAGCUGACGAAGAGGCAUCAGCAACAGAAGACGCCGACAAGAAGGGAGAAGACGGGGAAUAACUUUGCUGAGGUCUCAUCUUUUACCAGCACUCCCUGUACCUCUUUUCUUGUACAAUUCAGGGGAAUAUUUUUAUCUACUAUUUUCUAAAGGCAGGUUUUUUAGUAGUUUGAUUGUAGAGACACAUUUUUUAUGGAAGAAAAUAAACAUUUUGAAAGUGA